AUUGACGCUUCAGGACAAAAUUGGUAUUUGUUUUUGACAAAAUUUGGCACAGUUAACAAAAAAAAAGUAUGCUGAACAUAAUGGUGACAUAAUAAUUUUGAUUUUUGUCACCUAAAUGUCAUUUCAGGCCAAAAUUGGUCCAAAAAUUAGAACUACUUUAUUUUCAACAAAAUUUGGAACAGUUAACAAAUAAAGUAUGCUGAACAUGAUGGUGACAAAACUCAAAAUUAUUAUGCCACCAUUAUGUUCAGCAUACUUUUUUUGUUAACUGUGCCAAAUUUUGUCGAAAACAAAUACCAAUUUUGGCCUGAAGCGUCAAUACUAGACUUCCCAGUAGUUAAGGAGCUUGGGUACGAAGUUUACAUCUGUGACGGACCAACGUGAAAUCCCAGGGUCGAUUUUUUCUCAAAAAAUGCUCCGAAAGAAAAAAACGACGGUUUUAAAGAAUUUCCUACGCCUUCGGGCGCGGAAAUUCAACAACUUUUGAACGUAGCACAUAGGAUACCACUUAGAUGAAGAAGUUCCAACAAAUAUGAACUGACUUAUUCGAUUGAGGAUAUACAGGCUAAAUAAUGAUAUAAGACGCUACAUAGAUGAGCUGACUUACUUACAAGGCAUGUAAUAUGGUUUAUGAAAAAUACAGUUGAACAUGUUAUGUAAACAUGAUAUGCGUUUUGUACAAAAUUAUGAAUAAUCAUCCUAAAUCAUGUAAGACGUUCCAUGGAUAAAUAUCAGGUUUGUCUAUUAUGCGUGUAUUUAUACUGAAGUUUCAAUAUGUUACUUUUUUCUUUUAUCUAAUUAAUAAGUAAUUUUAUUUGAAAUUAAAAAAAUUACGAUCAGCAAUGUGUUUGUUUCUUCAGCGUCGGAAACACUGUUAUCAAUGUGGAUCCUGUGUUCUAAAUGUAUACAUUUUUCUAAUCCAAUUUUUUCCACAUGGCGUGUGUUAACUAGCUGUGGCUCUUGCUAUUCUGAAUGUAUGCAUUAGAUGCACAUCGGCAUUGCUUACCCAAUUUCCCUAACCUUGUAUGGAUUGACCCGUGACUGUUGUAUUGGCACUUGCUGAACAUGCCUACGCUGUGCACUUAACCACCGCCUUGUGUUCAAUGGAACGACAAAACAACCCGGCUACCAUUUUGCUAAAUUAAAUGGGAAAAAAGAUAUUAACAACACAACUAUAUUAAUCCAGAAUGUAAUCUAAAAAUUACAAAGCCACUUAAACUAAUAGAGCUGUAAUUGUCAGAAUGAUUCUAGGUCGCCAUGUGUUCUUGCCCUGUGUGGUCCAUAACGUACCUAGACCAGGCGGUAAUUUGAUCUUCUUUCCUACUUAAUCAACCUUGUUUUGAACAGGGAAGAGACUAGAAUAUACUCAAUUUUUAUCCAUAGCGGCAUAUCCGCAACUGGGGUGAUAUGGAAGCCAAAGAUUAAAAAGAGUUCACAAUGAUUACCUGUUGUAUUUAAUUUUUAUUUAGAUAUUGUGCAAUACCAAGGAAAUCGAAAGUAAACAAACAAACAAACUCUUACGGACGCCGAAAUUUGUUUAUGAUCUGAUGUUAUCGUUACGUCAUACAUCUAUAAAAAGCUUUAAUGUAUAUAGCGUGUUAAUGCUAUUGUAGAGUAGUUCCAACACGAAGCGUAAAUAUAUGAACAGAGAAUCGUACUCAGGUGGAAAGUAAAUAACAUAACAAUUUAAGUACAAUCUAAUCCUUGUGUUGCGGCAGUUUUAGCAGGACGUUUGUAUAAUUUUCUUUCCUGAAUUGUAUUCGCAUGCUCGACAGCUUUCAAAAAAUGAAGGCAGCUUUAGUUGUAUAUGGACUUGUAUUGACAAACGUUCCCCUACUCUUAGCAGAAGAUUCAGAAAGUAAUGAAGUAUACAGAUACAGAGAUAAUUUCUUCGUUGGUAACCAGACAUAUUCUGUCAACUACAUUGGACAUAUUCUACUAAAUAGAGAUUGUGGUGCAAUACCUUACACACAUAUUGUUCGAGAGAAGGGUUGCUUCCCCGUCUACAUCAGAAAUAAUUUAUGUGGUGGCUUGUGCCAGUCAGUGGCCAUACCGAAACAAAAUAAACAGUCAAAAUAUUUGGACAACGACACUUCAACGUGUGUCGCGUGUGGUCCAGGUAAAUUAGUCGAGAAAGUUGUCUGGAUGCUGUGCAAAAGAAAAAAUCGAACAGAUACGAGAGUUAGUAAAUUUCGAAUGCAGAAGAAGAUGGUGAAAGUUGUGGAAAAUUGUGCUUGCCAAAAUUAUAAAUGCCCGAAAUCUUGGAAGGCCAUUGUUAAUAUUCGAGGAUAAAUUGAGUUUUUUUUUGGUCACAUGUAGGUUACGUGGUUUAAAAUCAUGCCAUUUUCAGCCAUAAACUCAUUUCCAUCCACAUAAUACGAAGUAGCUACCUAAAAAGUAAAAUUGAUAAAGAACUUCAUAAAUUAUUUGAAACAAUACAUUGUGUAACCCUUAGCAACAAGUUACAGAUUAAUAGUGCAAGGAAAUAUUUUUUCUGAAAAAAGAAUCAAAAUAGAAUUACCAAUCCCGCAUUUUAAUUUUUAUAUCCGUACUUACCGGAAGUUGCUAAUAUAUAUAACCAGCUUUUGACUUCGCGACUGUAUUUGAAACAAGUUCUAUGAAAGGUCUUGGAAAUAUUCUACGUCCCUUUUAAAUUGCGUGUCAUUACAAAAUUAUGCUUUGUAAUACAGUAAACUCUCGACAUACAUUCUUUUUUAAAAGUAGCCUUUUAUAAACCACGCGCGGCUCUCUUAAAAUAUGAAGCAACUAGUAAGCAAGAGUGAGGCAGAAGUUGUGAGUAAAUAAGAAAAGAAAAAGGGCAUAAAGAGAGAUAAAACAGCAUUGGUUUCUUACUGAUAUUGUAUCUAAAUCUUAGCGCACUAGCCUAGCUAAGCAAGAAAAUUUUUAAUUUUAACCGAGUUGAUA